AUGCUCGAAACGGGCCUUAGUUUGCCCAUAGCGGCGUGCAUACACCGAGACCUGCAUAGCUAUGGGCCUUACCGAUCCUACUACGGGGCUGGCCUGGGACCGCUAUACGAAGGUCAGAAACCGCAAAGGAAAAGUGCUGGCGAGGGCCCUACGCUAGGGACACCGGACCUGGGUCAGAAAGGCCACCGAGGCAGGCCCCCGAGGCAUGUGGCGCCUGGCCAGAUGGGCCAGGAACCGGGACGCCUCCGGGGGACUGGUCCCAACACUGAAAAACCAGAUAACGGCCUCGCAGAAACCGCAAAACAGAAAGUUGAGGUAUUCCGGAAGGCCUUCUUUUCUCAACUACCUCUUGCAGACCUUUCUGAUAUCCUUACAACCUUCCUAUCUCGGCAAUUUGGUUUCCCGGAUUUCGCCGAACACGAGAUGCUGCGCUGCAUCCGAAAGGCGCCUCCUGACAAGGCCCCCGGGCCUGACGGCAUCCCUAAUAAGGUCUGA